CCGACGACGAACAGGCAGCGGUCAAGCCGCAACGAAGGCGCACCUUCUCUCUUCCUUCUCCUCGCUCAACCUCAUAAAAACCUCAACAACUCCCCCUCUUCUCCUCCGCUCAACCAGCAACGGCAGCCACAAGGAGACGGAGAAGGCAACGGAAGAACCAGCCGGCGAGUCAUCACUUUUCAGGCGGGACAUAGGGGUAUGGAGAUCAUGCGCCCGGUAGACCUGCAGCUCGACAGCGCGUGCUCGUCCCCCUUCACGACGGCUCCGUCCAGCCCCACCCGCCGGACCGGGGUUGGCCUCUUCUACUUCAGCGCUCCCACGAGUCCGUCCCGAACGCAGUCGGCCGUCGUGCCGUUCGUCUGGGAGGAAUCGCCCGGCAAGCCGAAGGGCUCCGGUAGCCCCGUCGUCAAUGACUUCGAGUUCGAAUUCAGCGCGCGGUUUGCCGAGAAACCAGCGAUCUCCUCCGCUGACGAGCUCUUCUACGAGGGGAAGAUCCGGCCGCUGAAGCUCCCGCCGCGACUGUUGACGCCAGAGGGAUCGCUUCCUGCAUCGCCGAAGUCGCCCAAAUCGACGCUAUCGCCGAAGUCGCCCAAAUCGACGCUAUCGCCGAAGAAGCUCCUGCGCGGCGCGUUUUCCCGACCGGCGAUGAAGGAUUUCGAUCCGUUCGAGGCAGCCCUGGAGGAGGCGAGAAAGACCGCCAGCCGCAGGGAACGCGGGACCCGACGGACGCGAUCGCUAUCCCCUCUCCGCACCAAUUUCUUCCGCAGAGGCGUCGCGCAGGAAGAGACGGAAAGGCUGAAACCCUCAUCCGCUGGCUCUUCCUCGUCGUCGUCGGCGGCGACGGGGAGUUCGGGGAAGAGGUGGAGGCUGAAGGAUCUGCUGUUCAGGAGCGCGUCGGAGGGGCGAGAGAAGAAGCUCGAGGUGAAGAACUCGAGCUUCCGGUCGACCGACAGCUCCAGAAGCAGCAGCAACAGGAGGGUCGCCUCGCGCUCGUCGUCUCAGGAACUGCGCUACUCGGCGAACAGAACGGUUUCCGAGGAGUUCAGGGAUGGAACUUCCGUGCCGUAUCGGAGGGGCUUCCUCGCCUGCCUGGGCUUCGGCCCGGGCUCGGUCCGUGGGUUCGCUGGACAGCUUGGCUCCGCAAUGAGACGUAGCGCCGGCGACUAUGGCGGCAAAUAAAAUCGUACCAUCAUCGAUAAUGAUGUUGAAGAUGCCUUGGUUUCAUCACUUGUUGAAGAGAUCGUCAUCCAUGGCAACGAUCUGUCAGAUCUUGUUUGUAUUGGACAUUUUCUCACUUUCCCUCUUCCCAGGAGACGAAUGCGUAUUGUUUUUUUCCAUUGCCAUGACAUCCUCUUUGUUCCUUGUAGUUGUGAAUUGUACAUUUGUAAUCCCUGAAAAGAAGUGUACCCUUGUGCAUUUGGUUUGAAGAAAAAAAAAAGUUUGUAAUUCAGAUAAAUCAGACUUGAAGGUUAAUGAAACAUUAUCCCUGUCUUCAGGGUCUUGU